AUGGGAAGAAGGGCCAAAAACAAGCAGGGAAUGCCUCCCUCGCUGGAAGAAUUCCAGAAAUCUGGGAAGAAAAAAGACAUAAAGCGCAAGGCAGAGAAAGAAUCCAAGGAAGUGAAGAAAUCAACGAAGAAAGCAAAGAGAUCCAAACAGGAGGAAGAAUAUAAAGAUCCAGAAGACCUGCCAGAAGUCGACCUUGAGGAGCUUUCGGCUGCCAAAAAAUCUCUUUUUGACGAUGAUGAGGAGGAGGAGGCCGGACUCGACGAGUUUGAGCAGCUAGAAGACGACUCUGAGCCAGAAGUCGACGACGAGUUUGUCGAUUCUGACGAGGAAGGCAGAGAAAGACCGAUGUUUUCCGACGACGAGAGCGACGAUAUGGAUGCGAUCAACGCCGCCAAUAUGGAGGAGUAUUCCAAAAAGCUCGAUGAGGAGGCUUUGAUGGAGCAACAGGACGCCGAAGACGAGCUUCUGGAGGAGAACACGAAAAACCCAAGAGCCAAGGUCUUGCCUACAGAAGAGGAGGAGGAGGAAAUGAAACAGUCCGGUCCCGAUCUGACAAUGGUGAGAACACGUAUGCUCGAGGUGGUCAAGGUGCUGGAAGAUUUCAAGAACCUCGCCGAGGAGGGCAGAAGCCGUGUGGAGUACGUGGAUCGGUUGCUUAAAGAUAUAUGUGAGUAUUUUGGCUACACACCAUUUUUGGCCGAGAAGCUUUUCAACCUUUUCUCUCCGUCGGAGGCCAUUGAGUUCUUCGAAGCAAACGAGAUUCAUAGACCGGUGACAAUCAGAACCAAUACCUUGGUGACCAGACGCAGAGAGCUGGCGCAGACCCUGGUCAACAAGGGAGUCAAUUUGCAACCAAUCGGACCGUGGACCAAGGUCGGACUCCAGGUGUUUGACUCGCAGGUUCCUAUUGGAGCCACCCCGGAGUAUCUGGCAGGACAUUACAUUCUUCAGGCCGCCUCUUCGUUCCUGCCGGUGAUGGCUUUGGAUCCGCAGGAAAACGAGCGGAUUCUGGACAUGGCUGCUGCUCCCGGCGGAAAAACGACGUACAUUUCUGCUCUCAUGAAGAACACCGGGUGUGUGUUCGCGAACGACGCCAACAAAGCAAGAACCAAGUCGCUGAUCGCCAAUAUCCAUCGUCUGGGCUGCACCAACACCGUGGUCUGCAACUAUGAUGCGCGCGAGUUUCCGAAGGUCAUUGGUGGGUUCGACAGAGUACUCCUGGACGCGCCAUGCUCGGGAACAGGUGUCAUUGCCAAGGACCAGAACGUCAAGGUGAACAGAACCGAAAAAGAUUUCAUCCAAAUCCCCCAUCUCCAGAAACAGCUGCUGCUCUCUGCCAUCGACUCUGUCGACGCGCACUCUGCCACCGGCGGCGUGAUCGUGUAUUCGACCUGUUCGGUCGCCGUCGAGGAGAACGAGGCCGUGGUGGACUAUGCUUUGCGCAAGAGACCAAACGUGAAACUCGUGGAGACCGGCCUUGCCAUCGGAAAGCCAGGGUUCACCUCGUACAGAGGCAAACAGUUCAACCAAAAAGUGUCGCUCACCAGAAGAUACUACCCGCACGCGUACAACGUGGACGGGUUCUUUGUGGCCAAAUUCCAGAAGGUGGCCUCCAGUCCUCACGACGUGUCCAAGGCGGGAGCCAAGGAGAAGGAGAUGGCCGCAGACGCAGAGGCAGAAAAGGACGGGCUGAUCCACGGCGACUUCGCCAACUUCGACGACGAGGCAGACAAAGAAAUCAUGAAGGAGUCCAUUAAACAUAAUCUCAAGAAGAAGGGUAUCAACCCGAACACCGUCGAUAUCGAGAAGAAGCUGCCCAAGCAUUAG